AGAACGUAUAUGUUUUUUCCCCCAUCAGAAGUCUGACAGAAAUACAGAGAGCAGAGUCAUCACGAACUGUGCUCGAUUAAGAGAUUUUCGGUUAAAACAUCUUUUAAUUUUAAUGUACCGCGGCUGACAGGAGGUAAAGGGCUGAUUUGGAAUGGAUCUGCCAGAAGAGAUCCUUGCACAUAUUUUUUCCUUCCUGCCUUUACAGGACAAAUGCAAUGCAUUUGCUGUUAGUAAGGCUUGGUCUAAUAUCAUGACACAUCCAAGCUCAUGGAAAGAUACUGAAGUCAGGUGUGAGUCUGAAACCAGUGUCCCUGACAGAUAUUCUGCUCUUCUGCCACUGGUCAGAAAUUUGAAACUGAGAAUGUGUCUGACCGAUCCAGCCAAUCGCAAAACAGCACUGUGGGUGCUGCGGCAGGCAGUUGCCAGCGGUGACGGGCGGCUGGAAGGACUUUCCAUCUGUUGUGAGGGGAACACACCUCUCUUUUAUGCUGGUCAGGACCUGCAGCAAGGCUUAGUGGACAUACUGACGAACGGGUCGUCCCUAACUGUGCUUGACCUAAAGGGUGUACCUUUCACCCUCAGCGACUCCUUCGUCAGGAGUGUAGCCAUGCUUUGCCCUGCUCUGCAAAGGCUUUACAUCAACAAUCACUCUCUGGUGUGUGGCGUCAACGCUGAAACUCUGAGCCAAGUGCUGAAAAGCUGUCAGUCGCUCAGCGUUCUUGGAGUUUUCCAGGCCAGUCUCUCACAAGACGUCUUUAAAGAUCUCAUGUUGCCUGAACGAGCAGCACUAAAGAAACUAGAGCUCCGUUGCGAACGUUCGCUCAAAUACACCGUGCCUCUCUGUGACCAGAUAUGGUUAGAGUUAAAACUGAGACACCCGCGUCUCUGGGUGGAACUUGAGCUGGACCACACCCUCCCUGAAUUGCACGUUCCAGGGGUUCUGCAGCCCAGCAUCCCUGUCCGAUGUCUUCGGCUGCUCACUUGGACUUUGCUGUUGGAUGAGGUUCGGAUAGUCAGGCAGAGUUAUGCAAACACGCUAGAGGUUCUGGAGCUGCAGACUGUCCCAUCUCCUGAACUUAACUCUGAGUUGAUAGCCUUAGCAAAGCAGUGCGUCAAGCUCCAAGAGGUUCACUGUUAUUGUGUGGUCUCGCAGGAAGUAAUAACAGCAUUCUUAACAAACUGUCCUAAUCUCUGCAGAUUCACACUCAAGACACAUAAAGAGCCUCACCCAUGGACCUCCAAUAAACUGCAGUAAUGCUCUCAAGUGCUCUUGCCCUAUUUUAAGUCUAAUCAAAUAACUACAUUUGUGACACUGAGUGAUUAAGCGAAAUACUUUUACAGACGGUCAGAUGUUCUUGUUUCCAUUUAACCAGAAGAUGCUCUUUGGAUCAUUCUGAAAUGAUGCUGGAGAAGGUGCUCAUCAGGUUUAGUUCAUGCAGCUCAAAUUCUGAUAUCACUAAGGCAAAAGGGAGACAAACCAAAUACUAAGAUGUUCUGAUAUUCAUUAAACUUCAAAUAUAUCUCACUUGAAAUCACUUAAAUCUAAAAGAUUAUUUUUUCAAUAAUUACUCAGCCUCAUGUCUUUACAGAACACAAAAUAAGUAAUUUUAAGCGCAAGUGUCAGGAAUGGACUUCCACUGUAUGGAGAGAGAGAGAAAUGUUUCUCAAAAUAUCACCAAAUAUUUCUUGCUCAAAAGAAUAAAGAAACGCAUACAGGUUACACACACCCUAUAUAUAUAUAUAUAUAUGUGUGCAUGCAUGCAUACAGUUUCAGAAUGACAUGAGGUUGAGUAAUGAUCACUUUCACUGAUGUUCUCAGACUUAAUUUGGUGUUUAACGCUUGUUAUAAAUCUGGUAUAACACAGUGGGCUUCAGAUGAACACAAAUGUCAAUGUUCAUGUGUUAAUUAUUAACAUUUAUUGACAUCCUAGCACAGAUGCGCUUUUAACAAUCAAAUGAUUACAUUUCAUUCCGAGCAUCACACUUAACACUGGAUUUUUGUAGUUGGGAGUAAAACUUGCAAAUUCAAAAAUAAAAAGUUCAAACUUA